AUGGUCAAACCGAGACCCUCUCAUAUCUCCUCCCUACCUCUCGAGGUGCUUGAGAAAAUCAUUGAAGAUAUAAACGGCCUCGACGACAGACAAGUCCUCGUCGACUUCUCCCUCUCGUCUAAACUCUUCCUCCGUCUGUGCCGAGCCCACCUUUUCCGGAAUGUCAAGCUUUUUCUCGAACCGGGUCCUCGAGAGGCACAGGGACAUCCGUCAUCAGUCCAAUUUAUUGCGUUUUUGGCCUCCGAUCCGGAUGUCGCUUCGCAAAUUCGAUCAUUGCACAUAGUCAGUUCUGACUCCAAUCAUCCACAUAGUUCGGAGGGUCAUCGCACAGCGGUCAUCGAACAUCUAUUCACUAUUACUUCCAAGCUCAGCCAUCUAUGCAAUCUCGUCAUCCAAUUCACCUUCUUCACGAACUGGUCGAUGAUUGAUUCCCGUUUAAAGAACGUCAUCAAUGGGCUGUAUAGUGCAUCGACUCUACGGUAUUUGGAGUUGAACUAUCUGGAGCUCACAACUACCCAGUUACUUAGUUUACUUCGAAUUCCAGAGGUGACCCUCAUUGGAGUGUCUUCGAUCGAACCUGUUGGAUCAGAAGAAGUGCUACAUCACCAGGGAUCCCAGACAACGCAAAGCGCGGUGCACAACCUAAAAAUUGUAAUGAGAAGGCCCAACAUGGCAAGAUUUCUAGCAAACAUCGUCCGCGACUCCUCCAAGUCGCUUAAAAGAUUGGAAUGGCUGUCAAGCCCCUACCACGAAAUGGAAAAAACCCAACUCGAGUGUAUCAUUUUGCGGGAUCUUCCUGAGCUCCUCUCCAUUACAAUUUGCAUCCCCUUAGACGAGUCCGGAAUAGGCGAUCUCGUUACCCUAUUUGGAAGUGCGAAGGGUGGAACAAAUCUUUGUCGACUGGAGAGCAUUCACGUCGUUUGCGACUAUAAGCGUCUUCCUGACCGCCGCAGUAUCGAUGAUUGGAACUGGCGCGGCGUAGACUCAAUGCUUAUUGAUGAUAUCUAUGAGUCUUUACGUACCAUGAAGGUGUCUGUCAAGAGAGUCAUAUACCCAAAGCACCGGCAGCCCUCGAAUGAGAUAUACCGGAAUAUGCUCCGGGAGCUGUUAGAUAUCUUUCGGGAGAAACUGUUCAUGACUUUGAACAAAGGGGUCAGGAUAGAAGGCGCCUAA